UCGGCAACCUUGGGGCACGGCUCGCCGCACACGCACACGGCCUGGCCGCCGGUGCUUUGCGCGUAAGCAAACCACACACGCGGAGCUCCAAUCCAACGGCUUCCCGACCCCCAAUAAAUGGCCUUGCCAGAUCCAGCUGCUCCUGCAACCGCCACUGCGCAACCCACUUCAACACCGGCGGCAAACGACGGGCUUCUAGAAACCAUCCUUGAUUGACGGCCAUCGAUCUGAUCUCCUAGCCCUUUCUAGCUAGCUGCCUCCCCCCGUUUCCCUCCUCUCCUCAGGAUCCCCGCCCUCCUCGCCCGCCCGCGCGCGCGCUGCUCCCCUCCCCCGCCCAGUCUCCCAACGCCACCGGGAAUCGGCGCCCGCCCCCAGCGAUGAUCCAGCUGCUGUUCGCGCUGCUGGCCGCGGAGGCGGCGGUGGCGCUGUCGCUGCUGUUCCGCACGCCCGCGCGCCGCCUGGCGCUGCUCGCCCUCGACCGCGCCAAGCGCGGCCGCGGGCCCGUCAUGGCCAGGACCGUCGCCGCCACCAUGCUCCUCGUCCUCGCCUCCUCCGGGUACAGCGUCGCCAAGAUGAGGCGCCGCGCGGGGGAGCUCGGGCAGCUCACGCCCACCGACCAGGUGCUCGCAAGCCGGCACCUCCUCGAGGCGUCGCUCAUGGGAUAUUCUCUGUUUCUUGGAUUAAUUAUUGAUAGGCUACAUCAUUAUAUUAGAGAGUUGAGAACGAUGAAGAAAAACAUGGAGGCUGUAACAAAACAGAGCAGGACAUUAGAAGAAGCAAAACUUGGAGGCGCGGAGGAGAUUCAAGUAUACCAGAAAGAUAUUGCAAGUUUGAAGGAACAAGUGCAAAUGCUCAAGGAUCAGUCACAAAAGAAAACAGAGGAACUAAAAACUGCGGAAGCGAAUUCCGUGGCUUUACAGAAACAAUCUGAAGGUUUACUUAUGGAGUAUGACCGUCUAAUUGCAGAGAAUGGGGAUUUAAGGAACCAGCUGCAGUCAAUUGACCUCCGCGUGUCCCAUUCUGACGGGAAGAAGAAUUCGUAACAGAAAUUCUGCAAUUUUGAAGAGCCUGACGUACUGUAAAUUUUGGGCCUAUAGGAUUAACUGGACCCGGUUUUGUAUCGGGUAUUCCAGUGUUUCGUAAUCACUUAUGUAAUUGAGUAGAUGGAUGACAUGUAUGUAUGUGCGGAUCAUUAUUCUAUAUGGCCUUGUUAUAGAUAUACUUCACUUUUGCAUUA